AUGAAGCUUCUAACCGUCGUCGCCGCAACCAGCCAACAAGGCCAAUCCAUCAUCCAGGCCGUGCUAUCAGACCCCCAACUGCGCACCGAGUACACAAUCCGGGGCACAACCCGUAGUCCCGACAGCGUCUUAGCACAAAACCUGAUCCAGAAAUACAAUAGCAAGAACGGUGGAUGUCUUGAACUGGUAACCGCAGACGUCACCGACCCGUCUUCCCUCAAACACGCCUUCACAGGCGCAGCUGUAGUCUUCGCCACCAGCAUCACCGUAUACGACGGACACACAUACUCACACGAAGUCUCGCACGGACACGCCCUUGCCGACGCCGCAGUCGCAGCUGGAGUCCCCGAAGCUUAUAUCCGGUCCUUGGAGCCGGUUAUCAAGAGUGCAUUUGUUGCGCCGGGUAGUUUCAUGUCGAAUUUUGGGGACUUGAUGGCGCCGCGCCCUGUGCAUGGUCUGCAUGGUGACGGGGUUUAUGCGCUUGCGACGCCGGUGAGGGCUGAGACGAGGCUGCCGCUUAUUGAUACGCGCGCGGACUUUGGGAAGUGGGUUGCGGCGGUUCUUGCGGAUUUGGACGGUUAUGAGGGGAAGACGCUUUGCUGUGCGACGGGGUUGUAUAGCUUUGCGGAGAUUGUGGAGGUGAUGGAUCGGGUUUCGGGGAAGAAGGUGGUUUAUAGGCAGGUGCCGGAAGAGGUGUGGAAGGGGUUUCUGCCAGAGUUGAUGAGGGAUCAUAUUGCUGAUAUGCUGCGGUAUUUCCAGGAAUUUGGAUACUAUGGGGAUGGGACGAAGGAGAAGGUGGAAUUGGGGGCUGCGCAGGCUAGAGGGAGGUUGACUACGCUGGAGGAGUAUCUAGAAGCCCAUCCGCUGCGAUUGAAGUAA